AGUAAAUACCAUUAUGGCUGAUAACACAUCAUCAGCAUCGUCAUCAUCAUCAGCCCAACCUAUGGACGGUAUCGAGAAGGAGUCCAACGGCCACAAGCCGACAGUGAUAGUCGUCAUUGGCAUGGCCGGCGCUGGCAAAAGCACUUUCGUCCAUCGCCUAUACCUUCACUUAACAGCCCAGAAAAAGAGGGUAUAUUCAGUCAACUUGGACCCAGCCGUACGCAACGUACCGUAUCCUACCAAUAUCGAUAUUAGAGACACUGUCAAGUACAAGGAUGUUAUGAAGCAUUUCGGCCUCGGCCCCAACGGCGCUAUCAUGACCAGUUUAAAUCUGUUCGCAACACGGUUCGACCAAGCGAUGGGGUUGAUUGACCAGCGAGCACCGGAGCUCGACUACGUCAUAGUAGACACACCUGGUCAAAUAGAGGUCUUCAACUGGUCUGCUAGUGGCACUAUCAUCCUCGACUCCCUCGCCAUGGCCUAUCCUACUGUUACCUUGUUCGUAUUGGAUACAGUACGUUGUACCUCUCCUACUACCUUCAUGAGUAAUAUGCUGUAUGUGACUAGUAUAAUGUACAAGACUAAGCUACCUACAGUCGCCGUCUUCAAUAAAUGCGAUGUGCACCCGUCUGAUAGCUGCACGAGAUGGAUGUCCGAUUGGGAGUCGUAUAUUGAUGCUGUACGGAAUGAUGAACAGAAUGGCCCUGAUCAUGGUGGCGGAUACAUGAGCUCUUUAAUGAGGAGUAUGGCCAUCAACAUCAGCGAGUUUUAUGAGAAUCUCGCUCACGCUUCGGUGUCAUCCCUCACUGGUAUAGGCAUGGGAGAUUGUGAAGCACAGAUCAUCGCAGCAGCAGAGGAAUACGAGGAGUCGUAUGUCCCUUAUCUAGAGGCACGUAAAGCGGCUAUCCAUAAACACCGUGUGGAGCUGGCCAAGCAACAGUUGAAGGUAUUAGACAAUCAGGAUGCUAAGAGGAAGCAGCAACAGCAGCAGCAGAAGGCGCCCACUGUGGCGGGCGAGGGUGCUGGGGAGGAGGUCGAUGAAGAGGAAGACGCUGAGGAUCUGGCCAAGUUCCGUGAGAUGUUGGCUCAGCAUGCCAAUCCGGAGAGGGCUACUGCAAAGGGGAUAGCGGAGGAAGAUGAGGCCAAGAGGAUGCGCAAAUAAAUGCUCUGUCCAACGUACU